GUCGCCGCGAGAGGGUUGGCGAUUUGUGACAUUAAGGUUCUCUUGGGAAUUGUAGUUAACGGCUAGCGAGAAGCAGCUUAAUAGGUUUUACUCCGGGAGGGCAGACGCUGGAGAGAGAAAAAAUAAAGAUGCAUCUAGUCCAAGAAAAGCUGAGCCUUACUCAGACCAACCACUUUAAAUUGGCAGAAGAACUGCUGGCUUUUACCAGCCUUUUAAGAUUAUUAUAAGUUCUACGGACUUUCAGUGAGCACCCACAGAAAAUGUCGCCUGGGCUUACUGAAGAGCAGAAAAGGAAGAUUGAGGAGAACAGGCAAAAGGCUUUGACAAGGAGAGCGGAGCGACUGGCAGCUCAGCAGGGCGGUGUUGCUAUGAAGCCCUCUGACGUGCAGAAUCUUGAUAGCUGUCAAGGAAACCAGCAGCCUUUGAAGAAGCAAAGCUAUCACACCAGCCUUAGUAACCAUCACCUCCAGGGCCCUAGGAGCCAUUUGGUGCAGAGAAGUCCUCAGAUCCAUUCUGCUCACUGUAGCUCAAAUCAACAGGCAACCGUUUUGCAUGGAGGCCAACAGAAAGAUUAUUUGGUGGGCUCUGGGCCAAAUUUAUACAGACAGUUGGAUAGCACUAGGAAGCCCUCAUCGGCAGUGCAAGACUCUCUGAGUAAUCCUCACUGCCAUUCUCCUGAGAGUUCUUGCAAGCAAAGUCAGCUAAUCCAACACGAUUCUGACAGGUUGCCAUCCCCUAAGUGUGGUGCAGCAGUCCAGAAUAUUGCAGAACGGCAUCAGUCUGCCUUGGAUGCUAACAUGAAUCCAGGCACUGUUAAGAACAUACGGAUUCAGAACAAAUCCGUUGGUGAGCAGGGUCUCCUUAAACAUACAGUGUUGCUGGAUGCAGGCAGGACUGCUGUGAGUGAUUGUCAAAUGGAGACAGGUACCAGAAAUCUAGCCUGUGAAUUGUUUGCCAGGAAGGAAGGGAGUAGCACGUUGCAGUUUUAUGGUACAAAACCCCCUUUGGCUUCCGUAAAAGAGGGGAGAGAACAAAAUUCAGCUAUUUCUGCGCUUUCAGGCAAGGUACCUGAGAUGUCUGUACAGAAAAAAACCCACAGUAUUCUCAAAGGAAAAUGUGUAAAACACUCUGAAGGCAGAUUCAGAGUUGAGAUUGGAUAUAGCACAGAACUCAUUCGGAUGUUUAGAAGUUUACCAAGCAAAAGCUAUGAUCCAGAAACAAGGAUGUGGAAUUUCAGUCUUGAAGACUAUGGCCAUCUCAUGGAAGGAGCAGAGCGAUUUUCCUCCAUCUCUUUAACAGCUCUGGAAGGAAUGGAGAAAAUGACUGGGGGUGGAGAGUCAUCUUCUGCUGGUCGAAGUUCUCAUCUGAGAUCCCUCUUGCGGACAUGCACCGGCUGGCAGAAGCCAUCAGCAACCAUCAGAGGAAGAUGCACUCUGAUUUCCUAUUCUCGGUUUGAAGUAGAUAUUGGCUAUGCUGCCAACAUCAUACAGGUGUUCAAGCAGGUGAAUUCUAGGAAUUACGAUAUGAAGACCAGAAAAUGGAAUUUCUUACUGGAGGAUUACCUAAGACUAACUGAACUAGUAAAGAGCCUUCCGGAGGUCCAGUUGGAGCCAGUGCCCAAGCCAGUAAUACAAGCCUUUGUUACGCAGUUUGAGAAGUCUCUCGCAAAAGCAGCAGAUACCCUGGAAGCAGACCUUGUCGGAGUGGAUCCGAAACUUGUGGCAAGCCUUCUGCCCUUCCAGAGAGAAGGUGUGAAUUUUGCUGUCUCCAGGGGAGGUCGUUUGCUCAUCGCAGAUGACAUGGGCUUAGGGAAAACUCUCCAGGCAAUCUGCAUUGCUGCCUAUUAUCGAAAAGAGUGGCCCCUGCUGGUGGUAGCUCCGUCUUCAGUGAGAUAUGCAUGGGCCGAGGCUUUCCAUAGAUGGCUUCCCUCCCUGAGCCCAGACACCGUCAGAGUCAUAGCCACAGGCAAAGACUGCUUGUUGGCAAAAGGGAUUAACGUUGUCAGUUUUGACCUUCUCAGCAAGAUUGAGAAGCAGGUCAAAACCACCUUCCAAGUUGUGAUUGUUGAUGAAUCCCAUUUUCUUAAGAACAGUAAAACUGCUCGAUGCCGGGCUGCAAUGCCUCUCUUAAAAGCUGCCAAACGAGUAAUCUUGCUAUCAGGAACUCCUGCCAUGUCACGUCCCGCAGAGCUGUACACGCAGAUUGCAGUGGUCCAACCAUCCUUCUUCCCUCAGUUCCAUGCCUUUGGGGUUCGCUACUGUGAUGCUAAACAGCGGCCUUGGGGAUGGGAUUAUUCUGGAUCUUCCAAUCUUGGGGAACUGAAGCUUCUGUUGGAGGAAGCUAUCAUGAUCCGUCGCCUGAAAUCUGAUGUGCUUUCUCAGCUGCCUGCAAAGCAACGCAAAAUGGUAGUGGUAGCUCCUGAAGGCAUGAAUACAAGAACCAAGGCUGAACUGGCAGCAGCUGCAGAGGAAAUGGCAAAGGGUUUUAAGAGUAAGCAAGAACAGAAGGAAGCUCUCAUUGUCUUCUACAACAGGACUGCAGAAGCCAAAAUUCACUGUAUCCUAGAAUAUAUCCUAGAUUUAUUGGAAAGUGGAAGACAGAAAUUUCUGGUGUUUGCUCAUCACAAACUAAUUUUGGAUGCAAUCAGUGAGGAGCUGGAGAGAAAGAACAUUGGGUUCAUUCGCAUUGACGGUUCCACUCCCUCAGCUGAGCGUCAGUCCCUCAGUCAAGAAUUCCAGUUCUCUGAGAAGCUGUCUGUGGCUGUCCUUUCCUUGACCGCAGCUAAUAUGGGGCUUACCCUCUCAUCUGCUGACUUGGUUGUGUUUACUGAGCUGUUCUGGAACCCUGGGGUUUUGAUCCAAGCAGAAGAUCGGGCACAUCGAAUUGGACAGACUAGUUCUGUGGAUAUCCAUUAUUUGGUAGCAAAGGGCACAGCAGAUGAUUACUUAUGGCCAAUGAUUCAAGAGAAGAUCAGAGUGUUAGGUGAAGCUGGUUUAUCAGACGCUAAGUUCUCUGAGACAUCGGAAACCACAGAUUACUAUAUCUGCAAGGAGGACACCAAACAGCAGACCAUCUUAAACCUUUUCCAGAGGACCUUCUCAGACGAUAUAGAUGACGUGGAUGAAGCCUUCCUUGUGGGGGCAGUGGAUUUAUGUGAAGAUUCUGGGCGAGAAAACUCACUGAAUGAUAGAGCAGGAUAUUUUUGCUCGGCAAGCCCAUGCAAAAAAAAGCGUACUCAAUAAUGCGCAUGGAGGCAUGAAUAUUAGUGAAUUAUGUUUAUUUUUAUUAAAGUAUUUAAAGA